AUGCAGCGCCCCCGAACCAUGCGGCGUAUGCAAACCUGCUCCACUGCCGUCCACUCCAACGCUUUGGCUCAGCGUGGCUACAUAAACAAAACUCACACACCUGAGAAUGUCAAUUACCUACCGGCUGCCCCUUUCGACGGCCCGCACUUGAUGGCCAAAUUGGGAUUAAUUUACGGAGGAUGGGGCCAGUGUAGAGAGGAGCCAUCUUGUGGAAAUGUCAGUGGAGUAGUGGCGCUGGAGCGAGCUGUGACGGAGCACUGUGACACCUCAGAGGCGAGCCACACCCGAGUCGCCCUGACCUUCAGGUGCUGA